AUGCGUAUCCCACUCAGUGUGUAUAAAGGAAUGGUACCACCAUUACUCAAAGCAAUAAAAGAAGAUAGGUUUAUUCUUCAGGAACCCAAAGUUCCAAAGCAUCAAGAAGCAAUGGCUCAUCUCAAUCAAAAAGGGGUCACUAAUGCACAACCCAAGAUGGAGCAAAGUUGGGAGUAUCCUCUCAGAGAGAAUCCUUCAGAAGUCAACGAAGUUCAAUACAGUGGUAAAUCCUGGUGGAUCAUCCAUCGAGAUUUUAUUUCGGAUUCCAAAAAUAGUGAAGGACUUCCAUUUCGCAUCAUGUCCGGUCGACUAGUGGUGAAGUCAAAGAAGAACCGAUAUCGAGUAGUCAAAAAUGUGGGAAAACGCAAAUCAAUUGCGGUUCAUGUAGGCGAUUUUUCAAGUCUCCUGCCAACUUAUAUAGACGCAGGCAAAGAGAGUAGCAUUUUCUUCAAUAAACUCGGCGACUGGGCUGUGAUCACUUUCUUCGAUCAAGCAGCACCACUGCAGCAUAAUGUGUACAAGCUCCUUACAAGCUGGAAUCAAGAUCUGAUGAAAAAUAUUAAGCUCAAUCAAGUUCAGGUAGAGGAGGGAAUCCGGCCUAGUUGGCGGGAAAGGAUCAUACGUUCUUGUGCCAAGAUGUUCAAACAAGAAAGAUCAGAUUACAAAUUUCUUACAAAAGUUAGAGCCAAUUGA